AUGAAGGACCAUGAGGAUUCCAGCAGCAACGACGAGGGGAACGCCGAGGGCGUUGUUGUCGAAAAUACACGCACACCCGAGUUCGACAGGGACGAGGUUAUUCCGAAGCUGCUUUUGGAUGUGGUCGAGCGUCUGACCAAGAUCGCAGUGAUGUGCGAAUCGCCCAGCACCGCCGACCACAGUAGCGUGAAGAACCUAGUGAAGAACAUGUACAAGUUCGAGAAGGCGUUGCGUAAGCUGCAGAAGGUAACGCAGCAGGAGCAUGACGGCACAGACACCAUUUUCAAAGGCGCUCUCAGAGCUGUUGAUAACUACAUAAACCCCUACGACUGGGCAAUGACGAAUGUAGUAGGCAAGUACCGCACCGAAGGCAAGAAGCUUGACAGUGCUCUCGACACCGUGGACACGCUACACAAGAAGCUACUUGAACGGCUACAGAACACGAAGGCGCCAGGUGCCGCGAAAGAAGUGGCCAGCGAAACUACUGGCGAAGCGGUCAACGAGGCGGCAUGA